AAUGUCUAAAGAUUCGAAUAAUAAACCUAAAGAUUUGAAUGACGUUGAGAUGCUGAUUGCUCCAAGUUCACCGAAGAAUCAACCUGAUAUCCAUUUGGUUACUAAUGAGAGGAGACAGGGAAGGGAGAAACACCCAAACCACCCAAACACCAAUAGUGAGAGCGAUGUAGAGACGGUGGCUACACAGCCACUUCUUGAACCUGAUAAAAAGAAACAAAAACCACCGUUGGCAGGCCCUGAAGUAGACGACCUUGAUGAUGAUCCUGUAGAUAAUACUCCGUUUCCUGGUAUAGACGAUGGCCUGCUCGAGCCAGAAAGCAAGAAACCCGAUAAACCUGAAGACCAUGAUGACGAAGAUCCCGGGCAGAAACCAACAGAGAAUGGUCACCCGACGGGGGACGAGCACACAAACGAGGGUAAUUGGUGGCACAAAGACGGUGUGGACGAGGCUGAUUAUCCCUACGCAUCCCGAUUGUCCGUGAUCUCUAAUCAUGAUGGCAUCAACGGGUUUGGAGGGCCGUUUGACGACAGACCUGGUUCUCCCAUGUAUCCUGGAACAUCAAUUCCCGACGUUAACACGUAUCAACAAAAGAAGAACUUGGCGCAAGGCAUGAUGGACCUCGCACUGCUCUCAGCCAAUGCCAACCAACUCAGAUACGUCCUCGAGUCUUCGGAAAGACACCCUUAUUACUACCCUAGUCUUGUCUUUAUUUCGUUUAGUAUUUUGCUACAGAUCGGAGUGGGCGUGGGUCUAAUAAUGAACAGCAGAUAUAACGUUAAAGACGAAAAGGACAUUUGCAAAGCCGACAAGAUCAACAACAUGACUGUUUUGGGCGUUUUUCUUAUCACCAUUGUCAAUGUGUUCAUUACUUCUUUUAGCGUCGCCACACCGAAUACGGUCGCUACAGCUGGACAGCAGAGCGGAUAGUUUGUUUAGAGCGAUGCCACACGAUACGUGAAACCUUGCGCCACCGCAAGCAAUUAGUACGUUGAAAUCAUAUGCAGUCAAUCUGUUAGCAGCCAUAGCGUUGCAGCGCCCGUGAAUCUUCGCUCUUAGAGAGUGUAUCUAGUCCGUCAUAUUCCUGACCGUUUGUCCUGGUAUUAAGUUUUAACCUGCCAAAGCCCUGAGUAUAUUAAGACAUACCUAACAAAUAUUAUUCCUAUGAUCACGUAAACGCCCAGUUAUAACAAAAGUAUCGCAUUCGAAUUUAGGUACAUUUUAUGUGACCAUAGGGAGUUUGGAAAAAUACAUUUCUCAUCAAAACUCAGGGCAUACUUGCUUGAAUCUGUAAUUAUAUUUAUUACAUUUCGAUGAACUCUUUGGCGUUUAGCGCUUUUCUCACUGUAGUUUGCUGGUUCUUAGGAGGUUAAAACAGUCUAACCUCAGAACUUAAUAUACACUAGAGGGUAAAGUAAACGACAUCGAACGAGUUUCAGCAUACUUUACCUCAUGAAUUUGUCAUUCAUAUCAUUAUUUCCUUCGGUAGAAUCAUAUUUGGCCCAACUACUCAACGUCAAAAUGCUAAAGGUAACGUGUACUGCCAAAUAAAGUAUUGGGAAAUUUGUUACUUUCAACAUACAACGCGUUAUGGAUAUAACGGACACGGCUACAUUUUCGUACUUAUCAAACACUUAAUGGAAUUUCGAUGAACCUCAUGAGACUGAUCACAAAUAGCAAUGAACACUAAGAACGCUUAUUACUUAUAAGGGUUGGACCCCCACUCAUCAGCACGCUUCAGCACCACGUCCACAAUAAAUGCUUGUUUUAUAAUUUUCAUCAGCGCCUAUCAAGCUGAAGCAAGCAAGUGGGGCUCAACCUUAAAAAGGCAUUUUCUUUAAGAAACGCAAUACGCUUGCUCAACAUGUAAAGAUAAAAUUGUUGUUGACUUGAUCUUCCACUUGUCAGCAGAUGAUCCCCUUUACAUUUUGUAUUUAUUUUGUAUGUCUUGUACUAUGUUGUUUAUUUGAAGUUUUAAGAUUUAAGAGUUUCUCUAGUAAGAGUGAUUUACGUAAAUCGCCAAAAGUUGUGUAUUUUUCCAUCGUGCAAGUUAAACUUAUAACAUCGCAUUCUCUGACUUAACUCUGAGUGUAAAAUUUAUGGGAAACGAAUGUGUACGUAAUAAAAUUAUCGUCUUUCAUAUCAAAUGGAAUUUUGACACCAGGCUAACAGAAUGUGCAGGCAAUAGUGGGCUUUACACAGACGCUCUAUCGCACGUGAUACAGCAAUCUUGCGUGAUUGAGCGCGCGUGUAAAGACAUUGCAAGUAAAAGGGAAAGACUGCGCGAUUACGCUCAUCAGUCGCGCACUGCCACACGCGCCAGUUUCUCGCGGUCUAUCCUGCGCGAUUAACCUUUACACAGACGCUCUUUCUGUUGUAACAAAAACGCACACGACCAAUCGCUCGUGAAAGAACGUUAGCUUAAAAAAAUUCAAACAGGUAACGCACAGGUUCGUGCACUACUGCGCGUGCAGGCUUUCCAGAUAGAGGCACGCGCGAUAGUGACUGUGUAAAAUGCGCUAUUGCUGCCCUCUUUAUCAUAACUAACGUAAUCAACAUUUUUAGCGAAAUUGAGUUAUUAACAUAACUAGGACAGGUGAAAGGAGUUCUACAACCCCCUCUAAGCGGUUUUUAUAUAUCUUAUUUAGUUUCAGCAUAGAUCUAUAACAUAUCUAUAACUUCCUUUUCCUCCUUGUAAUAAUAUUAUUUCUCAACUUUGACAAAUAUAAGUGUCAAUAGAUGGCAUUGUGUGUUAACGCUUUCAAAUACGGUUAGAUGGCGCUAAUACUAAACGAAAUAAUAAAAAUACUCAACAUAAAAAUCUGUGCAAUAAGCGCCAUCUAUAUAGUUGAUUUGUUUGUUAUCAUUAAGGUGUCUACAGACCGAAUCCGCUUGGCCGCGUUUUAGUUAGUGAACGGCAGAAUAGGUAAGUGAACUAUUGAUUUUAUGGUAUCUUAAAUUGAUUUCAAAUUUUUAAAUAUGCCUGAAUGCAAAUAUCAGUAGGUACCUACUAGCUUUGAAGUUUUUUCCUUUCUUUGACAAAAUACCUACUAUUUAUUUUCAGUCUUUUGCCGGUCCUAAGCCCAUGAAAUUAAGAAAGAAAAAUUGCAUUUCCAUUUAAAACAUGUAUAAAUAAAAAAUUUUGAUAAGAAAUUUAGAAUAACAUUUUGAUACUAUAUAUUAUAAAAACGUCGAUCGGACGGUCCCCACAGCUAUAUACAAAGGUUAUUUGAUCUUUUGUCACUUAACCGAAUUUUAGUUAGUGAACGGCAGAUAUCUCAAUAGUUAUCUAAAUGCAAAUAUAGUUAUGACAAGAAGGAAGCAUGGCUGAUGCCACGUACAUUAAUUUUUUUAAAGAUCAGUUUGGUUGUAUUCUCAUUACUUUAUUAUUGAUGGUGCAUAAUUAGCAUUAAGAGGAAAAUCGAGUGCAAUGUUCUUUUAAGUCACAAUAUUGUACGUUAAAGAGGAAAAUACGCACGACUCAUAAUAACCGCGCAUUUAAUUAGAUUUAAGUUAUCGGUGCUUAAUAAAUGAAUCUGUAAAA